GGCAACUUGCACCAACCACCAUGAGCAGCCGUCGUCAGCCAAAUAGCCGCAAUCCCGCCGCCAAUGCGGACCCUACCGCUGGCUUGCCGCCGCCGCCACCGUAUCAGCCCGUGGCGGACCCGAACACACGCGCUCCGUCGCAUGCGCAGCAGUAUGCUCCGCCGCCUGGGCCCCCACCCGGUCACCAGCAGCCUCAGCCUGCAUCCAACAACCCCUUUGCGGACCCUCGUACCAGCUACAUGCCACAGUCGGGCACGGCUCCACUCCCACGUCCUCCUCAGAACAUUCUUCAUGCGGACCCGGCUUCGUACAUCUCCAGUGCUGCCGGUGCCGCCUCCUCGCCGCCCAGCAGCAAUGCCUCCGGCGUGAGGAGGCAGGACAGCGUGUCUGCCCAUGCGAGGAGGCUUUCGCAAGAGAUGGCGACUUCGGCUUCAUCCUCGCUUGCAGCUGGCUCGGCGCGCCAGCCAUCGAUCAAGGAGAACCAGCUUGAGUUCCUCCGUGACUUUGACACAAUCUUCAUUGUCGAUGACUCGUCGAGCAUGAAUGUCAAUGAGCGUCCCGAUGGAAGCAUGGGCCAAUCUCGCUGGGAGGAGGCUCGAGAUGCGCUGGCGGGAAUGGUCGAACUCGCAGCAAAGUACGACGAUGACGGGCUAGACAUCCACUUCCUCAACUCGGAAAAGUCUUUGCUCGACUGCACCAGCCCUGUGGCGGUCAAACAGCUGUUCGACUCCAUCCAGCCCGAGGGCAUGACACCGAUGGGGACCAAGAUUGAGAUGCUGCUCCUGGAAUACAUGGACGAGAUUGAACGGUACAAGGCGACCAAGUCUGGCAAGGAGCCCAAGAAGAGAAACUACGUCUGCAUCACCGACGGUGCUGCGACGGACGAUCCGGAAUCGGUCAUCGUGGCCUGUGCGAGGCGUCUGGACGAGGGGCGCUUCCCGCUCGCCCAGAUCGGCAUACAAUUUGUCCAGGUGGGCAAUGAUGCAGAAGCCAAGGAGGCCCUCGAAGAGCUUGACGAUGCCCUCGUCUCCCAGCAUCAUAUCCGUGACAUUGUCGACACGGUGCCGUACCAGGGCAUGGCCCUCGACCCCAGCCUGCUCAUCAAGGCGCUUCUCGGAGGAAUCAAUAGGAGAUUGGACCGAAAGAAGGCCCCCUAAUACCACAACUGUUUAACUUGCUCUCCUGCCCCUUGUACUCUAUGCCCUGUUGCUGCACAAGGAUCCGUGAAACCUUAUCUUCCG